CCAUCCGAGGCAGUACAAAAGCAAAUCCGCCACCCGUCCUGCACCACAUCCACAACAUCCCACUUGUCCUUCGCAUUGUCAGCCGCAACAUCACCCAUCCACUAGCAUCCAUUGCAUUGUCGAUCCAGCGGGCUGGUUCUACAGACUACAGCACCUAGCAGCGCCACCAGCAACACCUGCCAAUCACCCACUCAUCCACAUCCCGCAUCCCGCAUCAUCGCAGCAAUGCACGCAUACGCACCCUCCUUCUCUAGUGCGCUGCUCGCCCUGGGCACAGCCACUACGGCCAUCCACGCGGCUGUUUUGCCACCCUCAUCGGAGCGACCCAUGGUCAUCGAGCCAAUGCCGCCAGCUCAAGCGCAGCUUCUGCCUGGGACGUUCCCGCCUAGCAAUCCACUUUUGCCGCCGCCAGUGGAGAAAAGAGAUGGUUCUGUCUUGACUGCAAGGAACACGACUGAUGACAGCCUCGAGACGUCCCCGGCUGGAAUGUGGUCAACUCCCCAAUGGCCCUCUUCGCCGAUGCCUCCGACGGUGACCGAGGAGAGGGCUCUCUCGGCCUUGCUAGCGGGUUCAGCUGCUGCCCCAGCGGAUUCAACCCCAACUGUGAAACUGAUGGGCUUUCCAAUCUGCGUGGCCUGGGGCGUGAAGAACAUCGAGGUUUGUGCAGCACAGCCAACCUCGUCUUCUCCACUGCCCUCUCACUCACUUUCCUUCACUGUCGCUCCACGUUACUAAUGGUAUCUCCAGCAUGCCUACAUCAAUCGCGCUAACCAAGACCUGACGGCAUGCGUUUCCGGUUGCCUGAAUACGCUGCACUGCAG